CCAUCCCUUGAACCAAGAGAGAUUAAGAGCUCAGGCGUUGGGGAGAAGCAGAGGGAGAUCCCAGAAGCAAGUCGGAGAUCGCUCCCUCGUUGUUUUGUUCUGCCUGUCCUUUCCUUUCCGUGAUAUAAAAGAUGGCAGAUGGUGAAGAUAUUCAGCCUCUCGUGUGUGACAAUGGAACUGGAAUGGUUAAGGCUGGUUUUGCCGGAGAUGAUGCCCCGAGGGCCGUCUUUCCGAGCAUCGUGGGUCGACCUCGUCAUACGGGUGUGAUGGUUGGUAUGGGCCAGAAAGAUGCAUAUGUCGGAGAUGAGGCUCAAUCCAAACGAGGUAUUUUAACCCUGAAAUAUCCGAUUGAGCACGGUAUUGUGAGCAACUGGGAUGACAUGGAGAAAAUUUGGCACCACACUUUCUACAAUGAGCUUCGUGUGGCACCAGAAGAACAUCCUGUUCUUCUUACCGAGGCGCCUCUUAACCCCAAGGCCAAUCGUGAGAAGAUGACCCAGAUCAUGUUUGAGACCUUCAAUGCUCCAGCUAUGUAUGUUGCCAUCCAGGCUGUUCUGUCUCUUUAUGCUAGCGGUCGAACAACGGGAAUCGUGCUCGACUCCGGUGAUGGUGUCAGCCAUACAGUCCCUAUCUACGAAGGUUAUGCACUCCCACAUGCAAUCCUUCGUCUAGACCUUGCUGGUCGCGACCUCACUGAUGCUCUCAUGAAGAUUUUGACCGAGCGUGGUUACUCCUUCACUACCACUGCUGAGCGUGAAAUUGUUCGCGACAUCAAAGAGAAAUUGGCAUACAUUGCUCUUGAUUAUGAGCAGGAGUUAGAGACGGCAAAGACCAACUCAUCCGUGGAGAAAAAUUAUGAGCUGCCUGAUGGGCAGGUUAUCACCAUUGGUGCUGAGAGAUUCCGUUGUCCUGAAGUCCUUUUCCAGCCAUCCAUGAUUGGGAUGGAAGCUGCAGGCAUACAUGAGACGACAUACAACUCCAUCAUGAAAUGUGAUGUGGACAUAAGAAAGGAUUUGUAUGGAAACAUUGUCCUGAGUGGAGGAUCCACCAUGUUCACAGGCAUUGCCGACAGGAUGAGCAAAGAGAUCACUGCGCUGGCUCCAAGCAGCAUGAAGAUUAAGGUGGUUGCUCCCCCGGAAAGGAAGUACAGUGUUUGGAUUGGUGGAUCUAUCUUGGCAUCCCUUAGCACUUUCCAGCAGAUGUGGAUUGCAAAAGCAGAAUAUGAUGAGUCCGGUCCUUCCAUCGUGCACAGAAAGUGCUUCUAGAUCUUCUAUCGAUAGGCAAUAAGGUGGUCAACAACAUAAAUGGAAGGAGUAGUUCAGUAUUCUCAAUUUGGAACUUGCUUGUAUGAUGGUCUGGACAAUGAUGUGAGAUGCUGUUCUUCCUCGACCAAAUAUGCAACCAUCUUCAUUCUCUUGAUGUUGUAUUUUCUCUUGAUGUUAUUUUUGUAUUCGUUUAGUUUGGUUUUAUUUUCCAUAAGCAAGGGAUGGUCAAUAAUUCUGAUCUAAACAUGGUUGCAACUGUGCUAUCUUAUUAUUUUGUUGAAUAAGUGUCACUCUCUAUUUAUAUAUCCAAAU